CUGACCGGCUCCCCGGGGCGCUCUUCAGCCCCCCUGCCUCCGCGCUGCCCGCCCGCUCCGGCCGGGGUCGGGCUGGCCGAGCCCCAUGGGGCGAAGGGCGGACGGCGGCGGCCGCGCUCCAGGAUGGAACAAGUGGUGUUUGGGCUGGGCAGACUGGAUUCAGAAAGCACGGAGGCUCAAUGCUGAGGCAUAGGCCACAGACAUUUCCUACUGGAGUAAGGCACCUGUGAUGGAAAAAAAAAUGUUCUCCUACUCCCAGGGGAGGUUUGAUUCUGAUUACCGGUGUGCUUUUUAAAGAACAACUGACGAUACGAGGGACAAUGCACAGUGUGUGUCCUGAUGACAUUUUGUGUGCUGCAACAUGGCUCUCGUCAUGGCAUCCGAGACUGAAAAGGCCCACGCUCUUCUCCAGACUUUCAGCACAGCGUCAGUUCUUUCCAGUCUAGGUUUGGGGAUAUUCUGCUUUGUAGCAGACAGACUCCUGCAGUUUUCCUUCAUUCAGCAAAAUGACUGGCUAAGAGCCUUAUCUGAUAAUGCAGUGCAUGGUAUACUGGGGAUGUGGUCCUGGGCAAUAGUGAUUGGACUCAGGAAGAAAAGUGACUUCACUGAGGUCACCCUGGCUGGCUUCCUUGCCUCUGUCAUUGAUGUGGACCACUUCUUUCUUGCUGGAUCUCUGUCAUUAAAGGCUGCUCUGACUCUUCCACGGAGACCACUUCUUCAUUGUUCUACUGUGAUUCCUGUGGUGGCUCUGACAUUAAAGUUUAUCAUGCAGCUUUUCAGGCUUAAGGACUCAUGGUGCUUUCUUCCCUGGAUGUUGUUCAUAUCCUGGACUUCUCAUCAUGUCCGUGAUGGGAUUCGUCAUGGCCUCUGGAUCUGCCCGUUUGGAAAAACUCCUCCCUUGCCAUAUUGGCUGUAUGUGGCAAUUACAGCAUCUUUACCUCAUCUGUGUUCAUUUAUUAUGUAUUUAACGGGCACUAGAGAAUUAAUGUCCAUAAAACACGGAAUCCGCAUUGAUGUAUAGGAAUAAUGGCUUUUCAAGGUGGUUUGUGCAAGCACUUGAAAUAACCUGCCUGUCUGUCACUGAAGGGUUUCCUUGUGUUUCCUACACCUUCUGAAUUCGGCAUUUUAAAGUUGUGGAGCCAGUUACUGCUCUUGUGGUCACAGAACCUAUUUAAUGAAUGAUAAUAAUUUUAUAUCUCUACAUUUCCCUUGUACAGUGUGUGAUCUUCCAUGAUAGUUCAUGCAUAGCGAGCUGAUUAUAAAGUACUUAUUUUCUCUCUGUAGUAAUUACAUUACAUUUUACUGUUAUGGUGCCAUUCAUUUGAUCACCUUUCACUUUGGAUUUGUAUUCUGCCUCUGGAGAAUACAUUUCAUCCAGAUAGUAUUUGUAUAGCACUUUAAAAAUGUGAAGUUCUAUAUAAAUGCUAGGUAUUAUUGAGGAUUUAAUAGUGUAUGGCAAUUCUAAAAAAAUCCCUGUUAGCCUUUCUAAUUUAUUAAUAUGUUAGGAGUCCUGCGGGAUUUUUUACAUUCAACCAUUUUAAAAGAAACACCGCCUCUAUUUCACACUGUCUAUCCACACCUCUUUGACCCUGUAAUCACAAAGUGUUUUACUAAAUUCUGUAUACCCCUGUGGUUGCUUAAUACUAAAUUUGCAGAUAAUUACUAGCCUCAAAAUUAGAAAGGGGUAUACAGAUUGGUUAUAGUAUUAUGGUGUGUUGGCCAAUUUGUUUAAUUUUUAAAAAUACACUAAAUAUGAGUACUGUUUAAUUUGAAACCAAGGAAUUUUAGUUAAUAUUUAAGAAUUGUGUGAAGAUUCAGGGAGACUCAAGAAAAUAAAAUUUGCUUAUAACACAGGCUUGCUUAAAGACAUUACUACUCAGUAAAGCAUUUUCCAUUAAGUGCAAUAUCAUCCUCAUAAGUGUAAAAUAAAAUGCAUUAUUAUUAUUAUUAUUAUUAUUAUUAUUAUUAUUAUACUACAGAAAUAUAAAUUUCCUCAUAAAGAAGAUCCAUAAGGAAAAGUGUUAUUAUGCUGCAGUUUAUGAGGUAGUAAUUUGCACUAUGGACUAUUCAGAUUUUCUUUAUAGACAUCUCUCAGAAAGAGUCCCAAAUUAAAAGUUGCCUGGUCUUGUCUAACUAGACAAGACUGUCUAGACUUGUGCAGUUUAUGAUGUAGAAGCUGAGAAUGUCUAUUAAUAAUUUUUAAAUUUCUUAUUCACUGCCCGUCAAAGAGUGGGGCCUUAAUUACUCCAGCUUGUAUGAAUAGCUGUCAAAAGGGGAUCAUUUUUAUGGAACUGCAUGUAUAAGGUAGCAUGUGUUAACUUAGGUUACCAAGGGGUGUAAGGGUUUAACGUGAUGUGUACAUUUGCAUUAUUAAAUGUAUAUUAGAAUAAAGUUUAAAAAAA